AUGGCGCAACGUUCGCUGCCGAUCAUCGACGUGUCACCGCUGCUCAACGAUCGCCUCGCAGUGGAGAAUGUUGCGAAGCAAAUAGAUGAGGCCUGCCGCACGUGGGGCUUCUUCUACAUUGUUGGCCAUUCUAUCCCACCGGAGCGCUUCCAGAAGCUGACGGAGAUGGCUAACGCGUUCUUCUCCCUUCCAAUGGAGGAGAAGCUCAAGGUCGAUAUCAAGAAGAGCCGCUGCCACCGCGGGUACGGUGAGUUUGUGGCGGAGCAACUCGACCCCACUGCGCCGAACGACUGGNAAGAAGAGCCGCUGCCACCGCGGGUACGGUGA